GGCUGUCACACCUCCAACGGCACUUAGAGAGACACAAAACGACUCACCCGUACCGAUGCAACAUAUGUGAAUUUAGAUUCCCCAGUAAAGGAUCCAUGACUUCACAUAAAAAUCAAACACACAUCGUCCCUAACCUCAAAAUCGUCUGUCUCCCAUCCCUUGCGAUGGGCCAAAUAAACAUUGAAUUACAACAUCUACGAACCAGAUGAACAAUGGACGCGAAAGUUGAAGCUGUCAAGUCACCACGAGUCUGUAGGCUGUGUCUGAAGACGGGGCCCAGUUACCGGUCGCUCUUCGCGGAGAAGAACAAAAUAGCCGACAAAAUCAGCAAAUGUUUACCAAUUCUGGUGACCCCAAACGACGAAUUACCGAGUCACAUAUGCCCUCUCUGCCUGCGUUCCCUAAACAUCAGCUACAAGCUGCUGAUCCAAGCAAUCGAGACAGACGGAAAGCUGCGAAAGCAGCUGUCAGAAUCCCAAGCGGAGAGGCUCCUCCAGGAGUCGGGAACUGUCCUGAGGGCGCCCCAGCCACACGAGACAGACUCGGGCAAUCCGAGUAUAUGUGGGAUCUGCGAGAUUCGUUUUGAGGAUGCAGCAGCCUUCGACAGCCACAUGGAGAUGUUCCACCAGUCCAAGUGGGUCUGCAACCUCUGUCAGAAUGACUUCGAGACGUCGGAAGAGCUCCUCCAGCAUAAGCACAAGAGUCAUUACGACAACGAGGGAACAGGAGCCCCAGAGGAUAACAUCGACUGUGGGACGAUUGACAUAAAGGAAGAGAGGAUCUCCUCGGCGUCUGACCACUCUGACGCUGAGCAGUCAAUUCCCCAGAGCAUCGAGACCGGUAGGAAGGUCCCCAAGACCCCCAGGAAGCAAAAGGAGAGAGGGAAGGAGGAGGAAACGAAAGAGACAACAGAGCCCAAGAGGUAUAGGAAAUUAAAGGAGGACUGCAAGGUCUGUGGCAUCAACCUGCAGGAGACAUCACUGAUUGAGCACAUGAAGAUACACGAACCCUACGACAUCGCGUGCCCUGAGUGCCAGGAAAAAUUUACCACUGCCUAUGAUUUUUGCGUGCACAAACGAGAUUUUCAUAACAGCCACCCUGGGAAGGCCAUCAAGUUCUUCUGCAGACUUUGCAAUAGGAUGAUGUGGGAGAUGCGGUCUCUCAGGGUGCAUGAGAACUGCAAGAGGCCCAGGCACACCUGCAAGUACUGCCAGGAGAAUUUUUGCGUGAAGAAACUGCUCAGGCUACAUCAGAAUAAGGAGCAUCGUCAGGAUAUGAUGGACGAUGAGACUGUGGUGAAGAUGAGCUGUGAGUACUGUAUGAAGGUAUUCGUCGACAAGAAGAUUUAUUACGAUCAUGUGUAUCUCCACAGUCGAUCCCUCGUUUAUCGGUACCCAUGCGACUUCUGUGAGAAAGACUUCGGCAGUUCCUCAUCACUGAAAAAUCACAUCGAAGCGAUUCACGACAAAAUCCCAAAAUAUGAAUGUCGGACUUGCAAGAAGAAAUUCUUCAACAAAAAAAAUUUGCAAACGCAUGAGAGGAUCCACUUGAAACUUCACUGCAAGCGUUGCAGAAAAAAAUUUGAAACCGUAGAACUUGUCAAUCAACACAUGAAGGACGUUCAUGAUGUGCCACUGAAGGCGAAGCGAUUUUACACGUGUCCUCAUUGCGAUAGGAAAUUCACGAGGAGAAGUAUCAUGGAGGACCACAAGAACACUCACAGUGGGAAGACACCACAGACGUGUCCAAUUUGCCACAAAAAAUUCAGGACGUAUGCGGCACGGUGGGCCCACUUCCAAAGACAUGGGUCAGACGGAUUUUUCUGUGAUUAUUGCCAAAAGAAAUUCAUUAACAAGAGACACCUGAAGACCCACAUAAUGGGCCACCGUCCCUCCGAAGAGUGGCCUUACAUUUGUGAAAUCUGUGGGGCUCGUUUCCCCCAAAUAUUUCGACUGACAAACCACAGGAGGAAACACACCGGUGAGAAAAAAUACUUGUGCGACGUUUGUGGGGCGAAAUAUGUCCAAAAAUCCCACCUCGAUAAGCAUAUUAGGAAAUUGCAUAUUACUCAGGAUCCCCAGCAGUGAUUGCAUUAUUUUUCAUUACAUUUAUUGAAUCGAAUUAUACUACUUAUAGCAACGAGGCCUGUGUUGUAUUGUUGAUAAUUCCAAUGUUAAAAAUCUGUUAAUAAAGUAUGGAAACACACGUAAA